AUGGUACCAAUUUCCUCAAACUUCUAUGUUCAUCUCAUUAAAUUUCAUUCAUCAAUUAUGAAUUUGAUUUCUCCAUUUUAUUACGAGAAAACACGAGGUAUCUGUAGUCGAAAGUUAUUACGACAAUUUGGAGAAGAGAGACAAACAAAAAUUUCAUUAUAUCCAUAUGAAGGAUGGGGAAAACCUGUACUACAAUGUCAUUGGACAAUUAAAACAUUAUGGUGGAGUAAAACCCGUUGUAUUAUUAUCGAACAAAAUGGGCAUCGAAAAAAUGUUACUAAAGGGCACAUGAAAUGUCUUGGAAAUGGUCAAUUGGAAAUAACUGGUCAAUUUCAGCGCAAUGACGAUUGCUGUUUUCGAUUAACUCUUUCAUCUAACAUAACUGAUGACGAUGUUCAUGAUGGCUAUGUUUUAUCGGGUAUAUUGGAACUUGGUUCGUUCAAAAAUGAUUUACAAUUAAGUCAUUUUGCUGUAGUGUCAAUCAAUUGUUUGGUACAACAACAACAAAAUAUGAAACAUAAUCCGUUAUUAAAAACACGCAAUUUGCUACUUAGUUGUUUUUGA